CAUUAGGUUCGAGUUCGGAUGCUUCCAAGCUCGCUAGAAGUUUUUCAAUUACCACCAAUCGUCUGGUCAUACCUAGGUUCAGGUUAAAGUUGAUUUAUCUUCCGAGAAACCAUGGACGGUGCACCUAUAGACUCUACUCACCUGGAUUGGGGCAACGUCGGCCUCGGCUUCUCCUUCAUUCUUUUCAAUGCGUUCAUUUCUACUUCGCUACAACUCGGAAUAGGAUCAUCACUACUCUCCGCGGCCGUACGUUGUGUGGUGCAGCUGGGACUAGUCGCGUUGGUGUUGCAGAAGGUGUUCGAGACGAAUAAUCCAUGGGCAGUGGGCGGUAUUGCAUUUUUGUUGAAUUUAUUGGGGACUAUUGAGGCAGUUGUGAACAAGUCUAAAAAGCGCUACGAUUAUAUGUUCUUCUCCGUAUUGUUUAGUAUGCUGUGUUCGACAAUACCCGUCUCUAUCAUAGGCGUCCGCUUCGCCAUGGUCAUAGAGCCGUUCUGGAAGCCCGAACAAUAUAUUCCGAUUGUUGGCAUGUUGUGUGGAGGCACAAUCUCGGGAAUUAUUGUUUCCGUGUCCUAUGUACUGCGGGAGAUAUAUGACAAUCGCGACAAAAUAGAAAUGUACCUCGCAUUUGGAGCAUCACGGUUUGAAGCGUGUAGACCUGUUGCACGAGAAGCUCUUCGUCUUGCAUUGGCUCCAACGAUCAGCCAAAUGAGCGUGAUCGGAAUCAUUGCUAUUCCAGGCAUGAUGACCGGUGCCAUUCUUGGUGGCUCUUCAGUUCAGCAGGCAGCGCGGCUCCAGAUGGUUAUCAUGUUUAUGAUUUCAGCCUCCACAGCACUUGCAUCGAUUAUCACCACGACCAUUACGCUUGCUGUCGUCGUCGAUAGCGAGAACCGCCUCCGCCCGGACCGCGUCGAUGUGCGCGAGCAUCCGGUAUGGCGUGCGAGGAACUGGCUCUUCAGCCAAGCAGUGAACGGGGUGAAAUGUACCGUUGGGCUUAUACGUAAGGAUCGACGAAAUGGGGCUGCGGAGACGGAGAGGUUGCUGGGCUGAAGCUCAUCUUGUUGGAUCUAUCAAACUAUGAUUCUUCUUUCGCUCUGCGUGGAGUCUACACAUCCUAUCGUGUUGGUCUGAUACCCCAAUAUGAACAUAUUACCAGAUGUUACUAUGUAACGUCAAAAGGUGUCUAACUGGAGUUAUUUAUUUCGGUCACAAUGAUAUUUUGUUGAUAUGAAA